AUGAAUCAAGCUCUUCUUGCUAAAACUGGUUGGCGUUUACUACAACGUGAGCAAGGUAUUUGGGCACAAGUGUUUAAUGCAAAGUAUCGAAGGCAUUGUGAUAUCCUUGCUGCUAAAGAUCUACAGUUCCAUAGUAACUCUAAUGUUUGGAGGGGUAUUUUAUAUGUUGCUCAAGUUCUUUCUACAAGUAUUAAAUGGCGUGUAGGGUCUGGGGAUGAUAUCUUGUUCUGGACUGAUAGAUGGCUUAGUUGUGGUCCUUUGCAACAAUUUGCUCUAAUUGAUUUAUCUGAGGACAUGCUUCAAUUAAAUGGUAGUGCUAAUUGGAAAUGGAAUUUUAUUUGGAAGCUUCAUGUUCCGCCGAAGGUUAAGACCUUCCUCUGGGUUCUAUGUCAUAAGAAGUUACUUACGAACGCUCAAAGAUUGAUGAGAAAGCUCACUAAUGCUGCUGUUUGUCCUAGAUGUGAUUGUCCUUUGGAAUCUUCUGCUCAUCUCUAUAAGGAUUGUACUGCCACUCUUGCUAUUUGGAAUAGACUUGGGUUUGGGAGAGUGGAAUCUGGUCAGUUGAUGAAUGAUUAUGAUGAUUGGCUUUUGCAUAACUUGAAAUUGAAGAGGUUUGUUAUCCAUGGCUUGCCAUGGUAUUUGGUUUUUGCUAUUUUUCUUUGGUUUAUAUGGAAAUGGAGAUGUAAAGUGGUUUUUUAUCAUAAUUUUCUUUUGCCUGCUGAGCCUCAUCUGUUGAUUUAUCAAUGUGUUUUGGAGUGGUUUUCAGCUUGUAAUCUAAUGGUUAUUCUCCCUGAGCGUAAUGUUGUUCAUCUCCAUUGGAUGGCCCCUCUUCUUGGUGUUUGUAAAAUCAACAUUGAUGGUAGCAGAAUUAAUUCCCCUGGUUAUAUUGGGGUUGGGGGUUUGUUAAGAGACUUUUGUGGGAGUUGA